AUGAUUAAAAACAGACGAACAUUAGGAGAGACAAGUCAGAAACGCAACAAAGUGGAACAUAGAGGACAAGAAUCAUGCUUGAUGUUUGGUCAACCGACCCUCGUUAGCAGACAUUUGGCGGUUGUGUUUCUUCUGCUUAUUGCCACCGCAAACUUGACAUCUGCGAGUCCUGUUCGUUCUAUACGAUCUCCUUCUAGGAAGGUUGUGGAUUACAAAGUUCAUAUCAACGAAUCUGGGGCACAGUACGACGAGACAAUCGAAGUAGACACGGAGAAGCAAACUGAACUUUUUAAAGUUCCUGCCCAUAAUAACGUGGACCAAAGCAAUAUUUUGUACGACUUCAAGGCGAAUAUGAGCAUGCUGAUGUUACCCGGUAAAAAGAUCUGUUAUUAUAUGCCACUGUCAGCAGAGAUGCCUACGCCAACAAAACUCGGAAGGGAUCUUGAUCAGACCAAGGGGAUGGUCGACGACAGGACGAAAACGAUUGAUAGCAAAUGGACAGUGGAUAAUGAGAUUACCGAUCGGUCUGUGCUGAGCGAGGAGUUGGCAAACUUUUGUUCAGAAUACCCCAUAUACCAGGUCAAAUUCUUGGACGAUUCCGAGACUUCUACAACGAUUCAUACAAAAGGAACAAAACAUCGUACUCGUCGCAGUUCAGAAUUUCCUCCCAUUGGUGUCUCUGUUUUGUGCCCUGGUGGAAAAAGCAUCGUUACUGACGGGGACGUAAGUUGGUGCAGUGACAUCCAGGGAUGUUGGAGAAAAGUAUACAAAGUUCAUUCCUAUUCAUGCUUUCAGACCGUACGCUGUUUCUCAUGGGGCUGUGUUUACCUUCACUUCACGCAAGAAGUGUAUUGUUUGGAAUAUCAGUGUAAAGAAGACACUUCUCAUCAUAUUGACAACACAACUGCCUGAUGAAGACAGUUCUAAUAGCAACGAUAGUAAUUCAUUUUCAUAGUACUCAUAACUUCACAGUUUAAGACGCUCAGCCGUUAUAUCAUCAACUGUCACGAAAAUAGAAAGAUAUAUGGUAAAAAUGAGAUGGUAAUUCAAAAUUGUAAAGUUUUUUAAUCUAAGGAUA